AAUGGCGGACGAAGGAGACGAAGUUCCCGUUGCAGGGUCAAAGGGAAAGGCGAUCUCGAAUCAGGCAAUGGACAAAAAGGAGGGAAAAUCUUCAAUGCUAAUGCAAAGUCCACGGAUAUCAUCACAAUUUGCUUCACCAUUGAGCAGCAAACGUUCUUCCUCAGACUCAGAGCAGAGUUUUCGUUGUAAAAGAACCAAGUUGAACGGCAAAGCCCGCAAAGAGAACGACGACGUUGACAGAGUCAGAGAGUCGUGUAGUCGUUCUUCAAAAGAGGAUUACGAUAAAACGAAGGAAUUGGAAAAAAUUCUAAAGGAUAAAGAAGAAUUGUUACGAAAGUUAAAGCUGGUGAAGAUGUACAGAGCUAAGAACAAUCUAAACGAUCUCGAAGAACUGAUCAAAAAAUGGCGUUCCAUCUCUCAGCAAGCUGCGCAGGAUUUGUUUAAGAAGUUCAACCAAGAACAUUCAUUAACUAUGGGAGAAUUUCUCAACGGUUUGGGAGUGAAAUUCGACUUAAUACAAUAUUCUGAAGACGAAGAUGCGUUCUACUGAGGAAAAUAUUACAAGAGCUUCAAAGAGAAUGGGAACGUCGGACGGAAGAGACUCGUGAACGUAGAGUUCCUGUUUCAAAGUUU